AUGUUUCGGGUCACUAACGUUGCCGAGGAUCGGGACCUGACGCCGUGCAGCGCUGCAGCCCCCGUGGUCGACGAGGGUGAAGAGCAUGGAGGAGCUGCUAUUAGCAUCGAGGACAUUUUCGAGUCUCACGAUGGCGCCGACACGCGCUACGUUGGAGUAGCCAACAAGCGGGCUUUCUCGGCCCUCCACGUCGCUUUCCCUGUCACGCGCUCACCCUCUCAGCACGGUGGCCAGAUGCUUUCGCCAUCCUUGUGCCCGCGCGACACGCUGGCCACACCCGCGUCGCGGUCGAUUGCUGCAGCAUCCUCGACAACAACAACGGCGACCCUCUCGCAGCAGCUCACGCCGGUUCACCGCCCGUCUCUCGGUCGAUCGCCCCAGCAGCACACGCCGCACCAUCACAGUACGUCCUACGACCACGACCGCUACCAGCGCUUCCUCACAAAUGCGCUGCUGAGCGAAUCAGAGGCGGGACGUCCGUCGAGCGUGCUGUCAUUUCCCAUGCGCACGCCAACACGGGUGAAUCGGGCAAGUCGGCGAGAAACGCCGGAUGCAUGCGUCAUGGCGGCAGCAGCGCAGUGCCGCACCGGCUCCUUGGACCACGCCGCUGUGCCGCACAAUACUGUCCAUGAAGAACCACAAUCUACGGCUUCCAUUUUGCACAGCUCCGUAGUUUCAGGAGGAUGGGCCACCGAGCUGAUGAGUGAGGGGGCGCGAUCUGCAGUCGUGCAGUCUGAGGAGAAGGGCCACCGGAGAGAUGGCAUUCCAGUCGAUGCGUAUCUCUGGCAGCCAACGAAGAAGGCACCACGCAAUGUUUCACGCGUGGAUGAUGCUGCGGAGCCCGAGAGCACAUUGUAUAGCGCGGCACACCUCCCAAGCGCCGGUGCGCCAUUUGCGUACUUUCAGCGGGCACCCCCGGUGUGGUCGCGGCCAGCACAGACGUCACUGCGCCUUCCGUCGACGCGCGAUGAGGACAACUCGACGCGCGAGGCCGACGAGGCGUGCGGCACCGCCAUUCUUGGCUUCGCGGCUGCCCAAGAAGGCGACGAGUUGGGUUCCCUGCGCGCAGUGCAGCGAGCACAGUGCACAGGCGCCGGCGUCGAUGUCGCGGUAGCCUCGGUUUGCCCGAACACGCCGUUCUCGCCGCACGGCGACCCUGCUGUGACCGUGGGUGCUGCCGCUGCAUCAUUCUUUACCCCGCGCCACUCCCCAGGCGUUUUAUCGGCAGCAGGGGAGCUGGACCGCCCCGACGGCGUCACCACGCCGCUACGGCUGCCCAGCAGCACCGCGCAGCACGUGAUCUCUGACACGCCUCUGCCAUUCGUCUCGGCGCGUCGCUCGCUGACGCUUCCCAUCCUUCGCUACAUCAGCGAGGACGACACCGACGACGAGGAGGGGGAAAAGACCGCGGCACCGCUUCUCAGCACACCCGUCGACUGCGUCAUUGAGGCGAGUUGCGCCACCCCGGUGGCGUCGUCAGCAGCGGGCUCUCCGACUCUAGCGUGGCCAUUGUCGUCGGGGCUCGGGCGGACGCGAGUGGCUAACGGUGCUGCCUCCGUGCGGUCUCACGCCGUCCACCGCCGCAGCCCUGCUCGUUCGGUUCUUUCCUCCCUGGCCACGUCGCGUCAGCUUACGACGCCGCAGCGCCUGUUCACACCCGUGCACCACACGGAUAACUCGAUCCGCGGCGCGUCCGCCACCGGCCCGUCUGCGGCUGCGUCGAGUGAUGCCCUCAUGACUUCCUCAUCUAUCCGUGGACGCGCCGUCUCGCCCGCGGAGACGAUGCUAUCCACGACGCUUUCGACAGCGCGUCAUCGCGACGGCACAGGAGUUCAGAACUCACGCACGCACAGUCAGCCGCAGCAGCCUCAGCGUCACAGUCGCAACACAUUCCACUUCAUUCGUGCGCUGACCGCUGGAGAGGUGUCGACGGAUAUGCGACAUCGUCCACUGUACUGGGGCUGCUUCGGCAUACUGGUGGCGCAGCCGACCGAGGUGUGGUGCGUGGGUCAGACGCACCCGUUCCGACUGUUUCCGCCUGAGCACGCGCCGUCAGUGUGGAUGCCGCGCAACGGAGAACUGGAGGUGACGACGGUGGCCACGACGGAGCGGCUGUCGCUCGCACAGUGGGAGGCGGCCUCGAUCGCAGCCGGUACCCCCGAGGCGUCGCCGCCUGUCGUCGUCUACGCCGCCAUCGGCUCGAGCGCAGGUGAUGUCUUCGUGUACGGCUACAGCAAGUGCCCACCGACAGCCCCUGAUGCCACGCCUGUGACUCUCGAUACGGCGCAAGUGCAUGCGCACAGCACGCAUACAGUGCGACUAACACAGCAAGGUGUCCUGCAACGUGCGGAUCGCCUCGGUGGCAGCGAUGGGGUCUCAGAGGCAAAGACACGUGCUGCUACGGCGCACGGAUCGCCUUCUAUGCACGACAGUACAGUCUCCGUCGUCCGUGUGAUAGAUCACUGGUUGUAUGUUGGAGAUCAGUCCGGCUACGUAUCCCGCUACGACCUGCGCCAUACAAACUUUCUAUGUGCUGUCUCCACCGACACCGCGUCUUCCUCGGCACUUACGGCCACCGCGGCGGAGCCACAGGGCACCAGGGAGGCAAAGCCCUGUCGUGAGUCAAGCGCACGCUCAGACCCUACCAUGGCACCUCUUCCAGCUAGACUGAACCCUUGCAUGCCUGUGCAUCACUUUGGACGACCUCUUCUACUUGCCGGUGCUUCUCCAACAGCGAGGUCGUCGACGCCGUCUCAGUCAGCCCCUGCGGCCUCCACGCCGGCACCGAAGUUCCACUACGCGGUGAACGUUGGGGAGCCUGUAUAUCAUCUCGAAGUGACGAGCAGCCAAAGCUACCUCGCCGUGGGAACGCAGACGCGGCUGCUGGUCUACCGCACCGCACAACUACCUCGCAUAUCGGACACGUCGUCAUCGGCGUCGCCGUCGCCACCGCUGCCGUUCCACGCCCCCUUCAUUGGCACAUCGGCAGGCACCCCGUCUCGCGAGGGCAGCAGUGGUAACGUCAACAUCGUGCAUGAACGCGGCGACGGCGCUACCCCUCUGGUUGUCGUGAGUGACGCAGCACAGCCCGUGCGCUGCUUUGCGUGGAUGUUCUGUGACUACGAAUCGCUGAUGCAGUCGCUGCAUGCUCGGUCGCCGGUAGAGAAGCAAGUCUUCUUCUCGGACACCGACGACGACGACUCGGAGGCUUUUUCUCCUGUUCCUCUUACCAGCGAUGACGAGAUCGGCAUUGGGAAUGCUUCAUCGAAGUUCGUAGCCCUGGGCAGCGCCUGUCGCCGCCACACGCCAACUCCAAGCCUCGUGUUUGCCACGGUGUGGCAGGAGUCGACGGAGGUGGCAGAGGGUCAGAGCCCCCGAUUGCCGGUGCCACGGGUCAAGACAGACAUUCGCGUGUUCCGUGUCGUGACGCAGACAACCGUGACCUCCUGCACCCUCGGCUACCCUGUGCACGUGUUGGCGGUGCUGCCUGGCACCACGCAGAUCAUUGUCGGCACUGGGGGUGCUGUGGAGCUAGAACGCCCGGCCUCGCCCGGUGCAUCUUCGCCCGCUGGCCAUCCUCUCCCGGCUUCUCCGCAAGUUCCAGCGGAUCUCCUCACAGGGCUGCAGUUGAGCAGCCCCUUUACGUCCCCGGUGCUGCGCUUCACCUCUGUGACGACGGCGACGGCUACGUCUGUUUCUCCACUCGGCGGGUUUCGCCCCCCGGCCAUCGUGGGGCGUCGCCCUUCGCUGGCAGUCGCAGCGGCGGAGGCUCUCUGGAACCGUCCGUAUACCGUUCGCCACACUGCCCGCAGCGUCCACCCGACCGGCGCAGGCGCCGUGCAUCAGCAGCAGCAGCAACAUCGCGCACACACGAGUGAGACGAACGGCUAUUUGUUUCUUCUCGAGGUGUGCCCUGCCGACAGCCUUGCAGUAGGGAGCGGGGCAGGUUACGACUGCCGUGUGUGCCUGCGUGUGCGAGGCGAGGUGGGCGUCGGCGAAGGCGAGAGCGCUGUUUGCGGGGCCAUGAACCCGCUCCAGGAUCACGUCUCUGUCCUCAUACACCCUACAGAGAGUGACCCGCGCGUUGUCGCGUCGCCGCCGCGCGACGGAUCACGGGCGAAGGUGAAGGUGUGGAGGAUAUCCACAGAUGUGCAGUCGGCUUGCAUCAUAUCGACCCCAGGUGGGCUGCUGUUUCCGUCUGAGUCGCAGCAGCAGAUGGAGUGCCUCCGUUGA